UAGGUAGAAGAAUUUUGUUAGAGAGAGACCUGACCGUUGGCUGGCCGGGAAGGGGAAGAGACCCAAAAGGCAGCCAAAGAGUACUACGCCGAAGCUACAAAAACUCAAUUCAAUUUGAACACUACUCCCAUAGAAGAACCCAAUACCAACCCAAUUUUCAAAUUUGAAAUCUGGGUUCUUUAUCUCAUUUCAAUCAAUCAAUCAAUUAGUCUUCAAUGUGUGUAUAUAUUUAUACAUAUACAUGGCAUUAGUCCAAGCCUACCUCAAGACUUAGAUCUUUCAUUCUCUCUCUUUCAUCAGUUCUAAGCAAUCGACAUGCGUGGAGGUGGAAAGAAGCUAACACACAAUGAUUUUGGGAAGCAUUAUUCAAACAAGGCAGGAAGUGUGUCUAAGCAGAGUGCACCAUUGAAGAUAGAAAAUGGUACCGAGAGAUUGCACAUGAAGAGACACAAACCAAAACUGAAGUCGCAUGGAAAUUCCAAUGGUUCAACUGUUUUGAAGAAAAAAGUUGUCAAGUCUGUAAGCAAUGGGAUGAGAAACAAUUCCUCAGGUAAAAAUGUGAAUAGUACAACAGAUCUGCACAAAACAAAGUCCAACAAGAAACAGCAUUCCUCAAGCCUUGAAGGUGAAGACAUUUUACUUGACAAUUCUAAGGAAAUUGGAAAACAAGCCAAUGGAGACGAUGUUAAAUCUAAAAAGUUGAAGAAGAGGAGGAAGCGUAGGAGACAAAGGGAUAAUACAGAGUUAGAUGAAGCUUCGCGCUUGAAAAGGAGGGCAAGAUACCUAUUAAUAAAAGUGAAGUUGGAGCUAAACCUUAUUGAAGCUUAUUCAGGGGAAGGUUGGAAAGGCCAAAGUCGAGAAAAGAUCAAGCCGGAAAAUGAACUUCAAAGAGCCAAGAAGCAGAUUUUAAAGUGUAAACUUGGAAUCCGUGAUGCCAUUCACCAACUGGAUUUGCUUAGCUCUGUAGGGUGUAUUGAAGGCUCUGCAAUUGCACCAGAUGGAUCCGUAUACCAUGAACAUAUAAUCUGUGCAAAGUGCAAGUUGCGGGAAGCUUUCCCUGAUAAUGAUAUUAUACUUUGUGAUGGGACAUGCAAUUGUGCUUUUCACCAAAAAUGUCUUGAUCCUCCUCUGUUGACUGAAAAUAUUCCUCCAGAAGAUCAAGGAUGGUUUUGCAAAUUUUGCGAGUGUAAGAUGGAAAUAUUGGAUGCAAUGAAUGCUCAUCUUGGGACUCACUUUUCUGCCGACAGUCAUUGGCAGGAAAUCUUCAAGGAAGAAGCUGCUUUACCUGAUGGUGGAGGUGCUUUCCUAGAUCCAGAACAAGAAUGGCCUUCUGAUGAUUCAGAAGAUGAUGACUAUGAUCCAGAAAAAAUUGAAAAUAGCUGCAGUUACAGCAGGGCUGGCUCUGAAGCUGAUGAUUUAGAUGAUGCAAGCAGUUCCAGCAGUUUAUGGUCACUUGAAGAGGAAGUGUUUUCUGAGUCAGGGAGGCCAUCCAAGAAGCACAAGGACGGUCAGAAUGCCUCUUUCGAAUCAUCUAUUGGUGUAGAUUCGGAUGAGACAACUGAUUGUGAGGUUUUAAGUGGCCCCAGGCUGCGGAAAGCUGUUGAUUAUAAGAAGUUAUAUGAUGAAAUGUUUGGAAAGGAUGCUCUUGUGAGUGAACAAAUUAGUGAAGAUGAAGAUUGGGGCCCUGCUAAAAGAAAAAGGAGAGAAAAGGAGUCUGAUGCAGCCACCACCCUUAUGACUCUAUCUGAAAGUGAGAAGAAAUUUCCAAAUGUGAAUACUGUGGAAGACCAAGAGAAACUUCCUCACAGUGGGAAAACUAAACGAUCAUUUUUCAGAAUCCCUCCCAAUGCUGUUGAGAAGCUUCGCAUUGCAUUUGCUGAGAAUGAACUUCCAUCUAAAGCUGUGAAGGAUAACCUUUCCCAGCAACUAGGAAUUGAAUCUGAGAAGGUUAACAAAUGGUUCAAAAACGCACGUUACAUAGCUCUUAAAGCCAGAAAGACAGAGAGAGCAAAAAAAAUUCUCUGUGGUAGUCCAAAAUUCACCAAGGAAUCGAGAUCCAAAAUUGGAAAGGAUAAAACCGCUGAUCCAUUGGCAUCAAAGGAUAUAUCAUCAACAACUGCAGUCCAUUCACCUAGGCAUUUGAAGAAAGCUAGCGGGAAAAAGAACGUGCAAUAUAUUACUUAUGCUUUAAAGAAAAAGCACCACAAAAGAGCUUUGUAUAAUAGCAAUAAGGCUGACAUGGAGUUUGGUGAUGAUGUGAGCCUCAAGAUUUUGAAAGCUUUCGCGAAGAAAAAGAAGAAGAGAGUAAACUUGGUGGGUGGAGGUGGAGUAGAAGAAGCAGAGGCUGAGUUGGAGAGGCUCUGUAAAAUCAAGGGUAAGGUAGAAAAACUCCAAAAGGUUUUAUUGGGACUUCCAAAUCACAUAUCCAUUAUCAAAACCACCACCACGACAGAUGACCAUUCUGUUGUAUAUGUCCCUGUAGCAGAGCUAAGGGAGAAAAGAUGAUGCUCUCUCUCUCUCUCCCUCUCUCUCUCUCUCUCUCUCUCUCUCUCUCAAGAGUUUUGCACGCAAGUGUACUUCUGUUUCUUCAGUUGUUAAAGAAACAGACUUUUUUGGGGGUAUAUAUGCAAAAUAUUUAGUGCUUUACUUUUUCAAAAUGUCUUGGACCCAUUGUAAAUAUAAAACAAAGAGUUAUAUAUGAGAAAAACGAUUGUAGAAAUUGCACUUA